UGUUUAGUCUCCUUUCCAACUCUUGUAAUACUAUUUUUCUCAUUUUAUUAGUCUCUCGUCCUUUGCAGGAGCCGAAUAUUCGUGUAUUUAUAUCACGAAGGUUGCGAGCCUGUGUUGUGAUUGAAAAGUUCAUAAAUGGCGGUUGUACAUAUUCAUAUAAAUUCAUGAUGGAUGGAAGUGACGAGGAGGUGAGCAGGGAACCCGAGUCUCUGCUCACAAGCUUCCUAUUUGGAAAUGUUAAUGAGCACGGCUUGCUUGAGGAUGAUGUUCUGGAUGCUGAGUGUCGAAAACAAAUCUCUUCACUUGGAAAAUUAGGACUGCAUACGAUUCUGCAAGAAAUCUGUGGAGAUGUUAUUCCCAAACGCAAAAAAGUCGAGUCAAGAAGAUCAACUGAAACAGACACCUCAGAAAAUGAGGAUGAUGAUCAAGAGGAAGACAAAUCCGAACAGGAAAAAGGAGAGAGUUCAGCAGAUGAUGUUGACUACUCUGAAAAAACGGAUACUGCUGUGGACUAUUCUGACAUUAAUGAGUUAGCUGAAGAACUACCUGAAGUGGAAGAAAACAAACCGGUCAUACCUAAGGAGGAGACCAUGCUUAUGCCUCCUCCCGCCCCAGUCAUUGACUCGUCAUCAAAGCCAGGGGCCAUAGAGGAACAAGCAAAUGCGAGUCAAGAUCCAAACCAGCCUGCAAAGAAGGCUCCCUUGGCUGCUAUGCUUCCGUCAAAGUACGAGGGGGUUGAUGUCAAAACUAUCUUUCCAGACUUCAGCCUAGAUAAAGUUUUGCGGUUCUCUCGCCUUUUCGGACCGGGAAAAUCAAGCAGUUUACCUCAAAUUUGGAGAACUGCUAAAAAAAUCUCAAAGAUGAAAAAGAGAAAGCGCAAAGAUGGUGUGUCUGACUCUGACAGUGAAACCGAAAGUAAGGUCAAAAGAACCGACUACAGGUGGACUUUCAAUUAUGGAAGUCCGCCUUCGUCCAGUGGUUACUGUUCAGAUGAUGAGGAAAAGUUGUUAAGACCACAAGCAGCUGCUCCGGAACAAAUUCAGAAGGGGGAUUCAAAUAAUGAGAUCGAGAAUGGUCCAAAAGUGGCAGACUGGAGGUUUGGACCAGCCCAGAUAUGGUAUGACAUGCUUGAAGUGUCUGACACGGGCGAAGAUUUCAACUAUGGGUUUGGACUUAAAGAAAAGUCGAAGGAGGAGAAAGAAAAUCAGAUCGAGGAUGAAGAUAUUCCAGAAGAUGCCUAUUUGAUGGUGUCCCAACUACACUGGGAAGAUGAUGUUGUGUGGAAUGGAGAUGACAUCAAGAACAAAGUGAUUGCCAAGCUGAACAGCAAGACAAACGCUGCAGGAUGGGUUCCAACCAGUGGCAACAGAACAGCUCAGGCCUUCAGCCAGCCUGGCAAAGGAGUGCCUCAGUUUGUUGCUGGCGCCCUGCCUUCACAACGCACUUCAACACCUUCCACCCCAAGCCAGCAGUCUAAGACUCCCAAAGUCCAGGGAAUGAAAAGUAAUCCAUCUCAAAGAACACAGGAGAUUGAUGACACCUGGUAUUCUAUUUUCCCUGUUGAAAACGAGGAGCUUGUUUAUGGGAACUGGGAGGAUGAAGUAAUUUGGGACUCAGAGUCCAUGCCAAGCAUCCCCAAACCCAAGAUUCUGACGCUAGACCCUAACGACGAGAACAUUGUGUUAGGGAUUCCAGAGGACGUUGAUCCAUCAAAAAUUCCUGACAGAAUGGCUGCGCCAGUCAAGGUUAAAAUUCCUCAUCCGCACGUGAAGAAAUCAAAGUUGUUGCUUGGAAAGGCUGGUGUUAUCAACGUGUUGGAGCAAGAUGACACGCCUCCUCCACCUCCGAAAUCCCUCACAGAUAUGGAUCCAUUCAAUAUAUCCAAUGACAAAUUCUAUCAAGCGAAAUAUUCUGAAUCCACUCUUCGUCUUGGUGGUGCUGGUGGAAACCUCAUCCAACACUCAACUCCAGUAGUCGAGCUGCGAGCUCCCUUCAUUCCCACUCACAUGGGACCUCUAAAACUGAGGAAUUUUCACAGACCGCCUCUGCGCAAGUUUUCACAUGGGCCGCUUGCUAUUCCUGGGCCUCACCCCAUUCAUCCACUCGUGAAGCACAUUCGCAAGAAAGCCAAGCAAAGGGAGCAAGAGAGAAUUGCUUCUGGCGGUGGUGAUGUUUUCUUCAUGCGAACGCCUGAUGACCUUACAGGUCGGGAUGGUGACAUUGUCCUGAUGGAGUUCUGUGAGGAGCACCCGCCUUUGAUGAACCAGGUCGGCAUGUGCUCCAAAAUAAAGAACUAUUACAAGCGAAAGGCCGGAAAAGACAAUGGUCCGCAACAAUUCAGGUUCGGCGAAGUUUCCUACGCGCACACGUCACCGUUCCUUGGGUCUCUCCCCCCUGGCCAGACGAUCCAAGCGGUAGAAAACCUCAUGUACCGAGCUCCUAUAUAUGAGCACAAACUGCCAGAGAGCGACUUCUUGGUUAUCAGAACGAGGAACCAGUUUUACAUUCGCGAAGUUGAAGCUUUGUUUGUGGCUGGUCAAGAGUGCCCUCUUUAUGAAGUGUUUGGGCCAAACUCCAAAAGGGCUAACAAUUUUGUUCGAGACUUCCUACAGGUUUUCAUCUACCGUCUCUUCUGGCAAAGUAGAGACAAUCCCAGGAGGAUCAAGAUGGAUGACAUCAAGAAAGCUUUUCCAACUCACUCGGAGAGCAGUAUUCGAAAGAGGUUGAAACAAUGUGCAGAUUUCAAGCGUACAGGGAUGGACUCAAACUGGUGGGUGAUCAAGCCAGACUUCAGACUUCCAACAGAAGAGGAAAUCAGGGCAAUGGUUUCCCCUGAGCAGUGCUGUGCUUACCUGAGCAUGAUUGCCGCUGAGCAGAGACUGAAAGAUGCUGGUUACGGAGAAAAGUUCUUGCUCGCGCCUCAAGAAGACGAAAAUGACGAGGAAAUGCAAUUGAAAAUGGAUGACGAAAUCAAAGUUGCACCCUGGAACACCACCAGGGCGUAUGUGCAGGCCAUGAAAAACAAAUGUCUGUUGCAACUAAAUGGACCAGCAGAUCCAACAGGCUGUGGUGAAGGUUUCAGCUAUGUCAGAAUGCCCAACAAGCCAACUCAAAGCAAAGAAGAACAAGAAGCUCAACCAAAGCGCACAGUCACAGGAACUGAUGCCGAUUUGAGGAGACUGUCUCUCAACAAUGCCAAAGAGCUGCUUCGAAAGUUCCAAGUACCAGAGGAGGAAAUUAAGAAGUUGUCGCGCUGGGAAGUCAUUGAUGUUGUGAGAACCUUGUCGACGGAAAAAGCGAAAGCUGGCGAGGAGGGAAUGGACAAGUUUUCAAGAGGCAACAGAUUCUCUAUAGCUGAACACCAAGAGAGGUACAAGGAAGAUUGUCAGCGCAUAUUUGAGCUGCAAAACCGAGUGUUGGCUUCGAAUGAAGUCCUUUCAACUGACGAAGGAGAGAGCUCUGAAGAGGACAACUCUGACAUUGAGGAGUUGGGUAAGAACCUGGAAACGAUGCUUGCCAACAAGAAGACAAGUACGCAGCUUUCUCUGGAGAAGGAAGAGCAAGAGAGGCAGGAGCUGAGGAAAAUGCUGAUGGAAGGAGACUCCUCCGAAAACCAUGACUCCAAGGACGCCAAAAAGAAGAACGACACGAGUAUGCGAAAGGACAAUCCUGCCGGCGAAGAUGACCACAGCAUGCAGAUGUACGCCUCUCAGCCAGGCCGCGUCUUGAAAAUCUACCGCACCUACAAGAACCAGGAGGGCAAGGAGUACACACGCGUGGAAAUUGUGCGCAAGGCUGCGGUCGUUGACGCGUACGCCAAGAUCAGGACAAGCAAGGACGAGGCGUUCAUCCGCCAGUUCGCCACCAUGGACGAGCAGCAAAAGGAAGAGAUGAAGAGGGAGAAACGCAGGAUCCAGGAGCAAUUGCGAAGGAUCAAGAGAAACCAGGAGAAAGAGAAGGUGGCGACCGCAGCGCCUCCUCCGACACCGAAGCGCAAGAAGCCCAAGCUUAAGCCAGACCUGAAGCUCAAGUGCGGCGCCUGUGGUCAGGUUGGUCACAUGAGGACCAACAAAGCGUGUCCGCUUUACCAGAACACAGGACCAGCACCCCCUCUCAAUGUUGCAAUGACAGAGGAGCAGGAAGAGGAGAUCGAAAAGCAAAUCAAUGAGGCUGAUGAUGAAGAUCUCGUCAAUGUGGAGGGAACCAAAGUCACCUUAUCAGGAAAACUUUUCAAGCAUGUUGAAGAGAUUAAGAAGCAAGCACUCCGACUGCGUGUGCCUAAGGACGCAGUGAACAAAAAGAGAAGGAGAGCUGGAACUGUUGUGCACUGUGAUUACCUCAAGAAGAUGCAAAAACCUGCGAACCGAAGAAGAAUCGACCCAGUCAUUACACUCUCUACGCUUCUAGAGACCAUUUUGAACGAAAUGCGAGAUUUGCCCGACGUGCAACCGUUCUUGUUCCCUGUGAAUGCAAAGGUGGUUCCUGACUACUACUCAAUAAUUCAACGGCCUAUGGACCUGCAGACGAUCAGAGAAAAUCUGCGCGCCAAGAAGUACCACAAUCGCGAGGACUUCUUGGCAGAUGUACAUCAAAUUGUGGAGAAUUCCACUUUCUACAACGGCGCGAAAAGUGCCCUCACAGUUUCUGCUACAAACAUGAUGGAUCUGUGCGUGCAGAGAUUAACUGAAAAGGAAGACAAGUUCAUGAGAUUGGAGAAAGCCAUCAACCCAUUGCUUGAUGACAACGAUCAGGUGGCCUUUACUUACAUUCUGGACAAUGUGGUAAAUGAUAAGUUGAAACAAAUGUCUGAGUCAUGGCCUUUCCAAAAGCCUGUAAAUAAAAAGCUAGUGAAAGAUUAUUAUGAGAUCAUAAAAUGCCCCAUGGACUUGGAAACUGUGGCAAAGAAAGUGAAAUCUCACAAGUACCACAAGUGCCAAGAAUUCAUUGCUGAUAUCGAACUCAUUUACAACAACUGUGUUCUGUACAAUGGGAUGGACUCCCAUUUCACACACAAAGCUGGCGUUUUGGUGGAGAUAAGCAAGAAGUUGCUUGCUGAAUAUGGAGAACACCUCACUUUCUUGGAAGACAGAAUCAAAUUGGCACAAGAAAGAGCGCUUGAACAGGCUGACAUGGAUUCUCUCGCUUCCUAUGGGGACAAUGAUGACAAUUUCACUGUUGUGGAAGAUGACAAGAAUCCAGACGAUGAAUCGAUGCAUCAACAGGAAGGUGUUUUGUACAUUGGUAUUGAUGGCAAUCUAGAACAGAGCGCUGGUCCGAGCAGCUAUGGCAAAAAUAUUCUAGAAGAAGACCUAGGAGAGUUGUCAAGCGAAGAUGGUGAAGAAGUAGAAGCCACAGUGAUGGAAGGUGCCGAUGACCAGCAAGCUGCAGAAGCAAUGGUUCAACUUGGCAAUUAUGGAUUCUUUGCCAAUCAUCAACAAGAUGAAAGUCUGGAUGUUGAUCCUGAGUAUGAUCCAUCUGAUUUCUUGUUGAGCCGUCCAAAGCCAACAUUUGUGCCCGAGCCAAUUGAAGAGGACGCGUCUGCAGACAAUGCAUCUGUCAACAUGAUGCACAACUUCCAGACAAAUGCAGAACAAAUCGAGGAGCCAAUGGACCAAGGUGAAGGCAACCAUGAUGGCCAAGGUGGCAUAGACGCUGAUUUGGAAAUUAGUGAUUCGGAGGAUGAACAGCAAACAAAUACUAAUCAGGCUGAUGAUGGAGACAUCUGGUUCUGAUGUGCUGGUUUUAAUAUGAACUAUGUGUUGAUAAAUAAAAUUAUGAUCCAAUUA